AUAUUAAGUAUAGAGAGAGUGUGUAUUACCAAAAAAGGAAAUAGGACAUUUCGUUUGGGACAGCCCAAAAAGAAAAAUAAGACAUUUGGUUUGGGACGGAGGGAGUAUAAGAGUAGACAUGGUAGAUCUAGAAAAUGAGAAUCCAGCGGACAGCAUAACAGUGUGAAAGAAAACUAGUAAACACGGGAAAGACCAAUCCCACGGUUUAAGCAUUCGCAAAUAUGAAUUCCAGCCAAGCCUGUCUCACAUGUUUGCCUACUACUACUAUAUCAUCAUCAUCAUCACCAUCUCCUCUCCUAUGCGUAUAUAUACGUGCCUGUACGGUGGAGAGACAUCAAACUACCUGAUCCUAAGAUUCUCUUUUAUACUCAUCAAGCUUCUGCCUUUCAGACAAAAACCGCCCCUUUCUAUCAUUCCAAUUCCACUAUAACACUCUCCAUUCUGCUACAUGCUUUUGUCUUUUCUUCUUUGCAUUUUCCUUCCCCCCCUUUCUAUACAAUCCACUAUUGCUCUCAACCGACUCACAAUCUAACAUGCCCAUCUUCACUUUUCUCCUUUUCUUCAUUCUCUCCAAUCAUUCUUUACUCACCGCCGCCACUGGGAAUGCCACCACUAUUGCCAACUCCACCACCGCUCCACCGCCGCCGCUCAGAACCUCCGCGGCGUUCAAGCCCGGAAUAGCGGCCGUGGUGGGGAUACUCACCACCACUUUCUCAAUCACUUUUUUACUGCUUCUUUACGUGAAGCAUUGCAAAGGGAGCAGCUACGGUAAUGCUUCGAGAGGCUACCCGCCGUCGAGGAGGAACUCCGGGAUCAACCGGAAGGUGAUCGAGUCGCUGCCGAUGUUCCGGUUCUCGUCGCUGCGCGGGCACAAGGACGGCCUCGAGUGCGCCGUCUGCCUGAACAAGUUCGAGGCGGAGGAGGUGCUGCGGCUGCUGCCCAAAUGCAAGCACGCCUUCCACGUGGAGUGCGUCGAUACCUGGCUUGAGGCGCACUCCACGUGUCCGCUCUGCCGCUACAGGGUGGACCCCGAGGACGUGCUGCUCGUCGACACCAGCGCUCUAGCCACGCCGCGGGCCAGCGGCGCCGCCCCCGCCCCCGCACCGGCCCCGAGGGUGUCGGGGCGGCACUCCUCCGCGGGGGAGCGGGGCACCGCCCUGGAGAUCAUCGCGGAGAAUCCGCGGGACGAUCUCCUCCGGGGGCGCGUGUCGCUGGACAGCUGGAACUCCCGCCGGAAAACAGGGGCGGGUUCUGGCGGGAAAAUGUUGGACAGGUUGUCAGUGGCGGAAAAUCCGGGCAGGAGGGGGAAAGCGGGCAGGAAAGACGGGCAGCUGCCGGUGCAGGGGGACAAGCAUCGCCUGGAGCACCGGAUCAUAAUAUCGGGGGGCGGGGAGGGGCUGCGGCGGUGGAGCGACGUGCAGGCGGCGGAUUUGCUGUACCUGGGAUCGGAAAUGCUGCUGGGUGGAGAGGAGGGGGAGAGUGGCAGCGGCGUAAUAAAUGGGAGAAGCGUGUCGGAAAUAACAGGGAUGAGUAGGUACAGGGGCAAUAAUGGAGGGAAGGAGGAGAGAGAGAGACAGGAGGAAGGCGUUGUAAACAGGUGGUUGGCCUGGAUUUCUCAAUCCCAACACCACCACAAUCCAGCUGUACAAUCUGCCACUUCUGCUGCUGCUUCUUCUCCUAUUGUUCUUUAGGCAAAAUCAUUAUUUAAUACUCUGUUUUUUUUUCCUUGAUUUUUGUUACUGAUCUAUACAAGGGCUAAACAUUCAUAUCUCCA